UAGAUCCAUGAGGGCUAUUCUAAGAAAACUAUGCCUAGACACAUUACAAAAUGAAACCCUAAGAUAAAGAGAAAAUCUUGAAAGCAGACAGAGGAAAGUGAUGCUUUACAUACAAAAGAACAGUGAUUCAAAUGCCAACAGAUUUUUCAUCAGAAAUCAGUGGCCAUAAACGAAAACGAAAACAACAAAAGAAAUCAUAGUGGCCAGGAGACUUUAAAACUGAAACUUCAGUCAACCCAAAAUUCUGUGUCCAGUGAAAAUAUCCUUCAGAAAUGAUGGCAAAUUUAACACAAUUUUAUAAAUGGAAAACUAAGAGAGAUUUGUCUCCAGCAGACCUGUACUACAAGAAAUGGUAGUGGAAGUUCUUCAAAGGAAAAAAGAAUAUUAACAGAAAAGUUGGAUCUUCAGGAGCAAAUGAAGAGCAUCAGAAAUGCAACUUUCAUUGUUAGAGAGAGGAGAGAGAGAGAAGCCUCGUUGGUUGACGUCACUUGGUUCAUGAAGCCUUCGCCUAGAAGUGAAGCUGCUGAACAAACCUUGAGAAGAAUCAUCUCCUGCUUCAAUCUGCUGCUGGAUAGGAACUAAUCAGAGAGAGAGAGGCGGAAGACGGAGAAGGAGGGCGUCCAGGGCUUUCCCGAUCACAAAUCUCACCUCCACUCCAACUCUCUUUAUACUUUUCUUGCAAAAAUAAUAAUAGAAAUAAGGAGGUGGUGGGGUUUCCAAAAACAAAAAUCGUAACCUUCAACCAUCUGGGGAAGGCAAAAAUCCCAUCCACCGCAACUCUCAGUUCGAAAGUAAAGAUUUCUCAACAGUUAUGUCACAAGAUUGACCACAUUGAUCACAAUAUGGAGUCUGGAGAACGGUUACCGUCCUCAGCAGCCUCCUCUGCUACACCAACUUCAUCUUCUAUACCUUCUGUGGCUUCAUCAGUUUCAAAAGGUGGCCUUUCCACUGGAGCUGCUUCACUUAGCUCUACAAUCAACCCAUGUGGACAUUUAUUCAGAGCAGCUGGGGAUCACCUGUUUAACCUGUCCACAGUGUCGAGUGCCUUCCCAGUGGUCAGCCACCCAGUCUUUGGUCUGCAUUCAGCCAGCUCAGGGCAUUCAGAAUUUGGUGGUUUGGGGACACUUGGUACACCCACAGCCUUAGCUGCACAUCCCCAACUAGCGUCUUUUCCAGGUGCAGAAUGGUGGCGAACAACAGAUGCUCAUACGCGUGCAGGGGCAACCUUCUUUCCACCAUUACUGGGAAUUCCACCACUGUUUGCUCCUCCAGCCCAGAAUCAUGAUUCUUCUUCAUUCCAUUCGAGGGCUUCGGGAAAAAGUAAUCGAAAUGGUCCUGAAAAAGGUGUAAAUGGGUCAAUAAAUGGAAACAACACAUCGUCUGUAUCUGGUAUCAACACAUCUGUACUAUCCACUACUGCUUCAAGUUCUGUGGGACAAACUAAAAGUAUAAGCUCAGGUGGAGGAAAUCGAAAGUGUAGUCAGGAACCAAACAAAACCCAGCCUUUGGAUGCUAGAGCUGACAAAAUCAAAGAUAAGAAACCAAGGAAGAAAGCUAUGGAAAGUUCUAGCAACAGUGAUAGUGAUUCAGGCACCUCAUCAGACACAUCAAGUGAAGGCAUUAGUAGUAGUGAUUCAGAUGAUCUAGAGGAAGAUGAAGAAGAAGAAGAUCAAAGUAUUGAAGAAAGUGAAGAUGAUGAUUCUGAUUCAGAGAGUGAAGCACAACAUAAAAGUAACAACCAGGUGCUAUUACAUGGUGUUUCAGACCCAAAAGCAGAAGGACAGAAAGCAACUGAAAAAGCCCAGGAAAAAAGAAUACACCAGCCAUUACCUCUUGUGUCUGAAUCCCAGACUCACUCAUCAUUCCAAUCCCAGCAGAAGCAGCCUCAGGUUUUGUCACAGCAGCUUCCAUUUAUUUUCCAAAGCUCUCAGGCAAAGGAGGAAUCUGUGAACAAACACACAAGUGUAAUACAGUCUACGGGAUUGGUGUCCAAUGUGAAACCUUUAUCUUUGGUAAAUCAAGCCAAAAAGGAAAUUUACAUGAAACUCAUAGUUCCUUCUCCUGAUGUACUUAAAGCAGGGAAUAAAAAUACCUCUGAAGAAUCUAGUCCUUUGACCAGUGAAUUGCGUUCCAAACGGGAACAAUAUAAACAGACAUUCCCAGCUCAGUUAAAGAAACAGGAGUCAUCUAAGAGCCUGAAGAAGGUUAUUGCAGCUUUGUCAAAUCCAAAAGCAACCUCUAGUUCACCAGCACAUCCAAAACAAACAUUAGAAAACAACCACCCUAAUCCUUUCUUGACAAAUGCACUUUUAGGUAAUCAUCAACCAAAUGGAGUUAUUCAAAGUGUCAUUCAAGAAGCUCCUCUGGCACUUACCACCAAAACUAAAAUGCAGAGUAAAAUUAAUGAAAACAUUGCUACUUCAAGUAGCACCCCUUUUUCCUCACCUGUAAAUCUGAGUACAAGUGGGAGAAGAACCCCUGGCAAUCAGACAACUGUCAUGCCCUCUGCCUCUCCCAUACUGCAUAGUCAAGGGAAGGAAAAAGCAGUUAGCAAUAAUGUGAACACAGUAAAAACACAGCAUCACUCGCAUCCUGCAAAAUCUUUAGGGGAACAGUUCAGAGGAGCAGAUUCAGACAUUCCUAGUAGCAAAGAUUCUGAAGAUUCAAAUGAAGAGGAAGAGGAAGAUGAUGAGGAAGAAGAUGAGGAAGAUGAAGAUGAUGAAUCUGAUGACAGCCAAUCAGAAUCAGAUAGUAAUUCAGAAUCAGAUACAGAAGGAUCAGAAGAGGAUGAUGAUGGUGAUAAAGACCAAGAUGAAUCAGAUAGCGAUACUGAAGGAGAGAAAACUUCAAUGAAACUGAAUAAAACAGCUUCCUCUGUCAAAAGCCCUUCCAUCAGUCUCACAGCUCACUCAACACCUCGUAACCUCCACAUAGCAAAAGCCCCAGGCUCUGCUCCUGCUGCCUUAUGUUCUGAAUCCCAGUCACCUGCUUUCCUUGGCACACCUUCUUCCACACUUACUUCAAGUCCACACUCUGGCACUUCCAAAAGAAGAAGAGUAACAGAUGAACGUGAGCUGCGUAUUCCUUUGGAAUAUGGCUGGCAGAGAGAGACAAGAAUAAGAAACUUUGGAGGGCGCCUUCAAGGAGAAGUAGCAUAUUAUGCUCCAUGUGGAAAGAAACUUAGGCAGUACCCUGAAGUAAUAAAGUAUCUCAGCAGAAAUGGAAUAAUGGAUAUCUCAAGGGACAAUUUCAGCUUCAGUGCAAAAAUAAGAUUGGGUGACUUCUAUGAAGCCAGAGAUGGACCGCAGGGAAUGCAGUGGUGUCUUUUGAAAGAAGAGGAUGUCAUUCCCCGUAUCAGGGCAAUGGAAUGUCGUAGAGGAAGACCACCAAAUCCAGAUAGACAGCGAGCAAGAGAGGAAUCCAGGAUGAGAUGUCGGAAGGGCCGGCCUCCAAAUGUUGGCAGUGCUGAAUUUCUAGAUAACACAGAUGCCAAGUUACUAAGAAAACUGCAAGCUCAAGAAAUAGCCAGGCAAGCAGCACAAAUAAAGCUUUUGAGAAAACUGCAAAAGCAGGAACAGGCUCGGGUUGCCAAAGAAGCUAAAAAACAACGAGCAAUAAUGGCUGCUGAGGAGAAGCGAAAGCAAAAAGAACAGAUAAAGAUUAUGAAACAACAGGAAAAAAUUAAGAGAAUACAACAAAUCAGAAUGGAAAAAGAGCUUCGAGCCCAGCAAAUUCUAGAGGCAAAAAAGAAAAAGAAGGAAGAAGCAGCAAAUGCCAAAUUAUUGGAGGCCGAGAAACGAAUAAAGGAAAAAGAAAUGAGAAGACAACAAGCUGUUCUUCUAAAGCAUCAGGAGUUGGAGAGGCAUAGACUAGAUAUGGAACGAGAGAGAAGGAGACAACAUAUGAUGCUUAUGAAAGCUAUGGAAGCGCGUAAAAAAGCAGAAGAAAAAGAACGGUUAAAGCAAGAAAAACGUGAUGAGAAAAGAUUAAAUAAAGAACGUAAACUAGAGCAACGAAGAUUAGAAUUAGAAAUGGCAAAGGAACUAAAGAAGCCUAAUGAAGACAUGUGCUUAGCAGACCAAAAGCCUUUGCCAGAGUUGCCUCGUAUUCCAGGACUUGUUCUCUCUGGAAGUACAUUUUCAGACUGUCUCAUGGUGGUGCAGUUCUUACGAAACUUUGGUAAAGUUUUGGGCUUCGAUGUGAAUAUUGAUGUUCCAAACCUGAGUGUUCUUCAAGAGGGAUUGCUAAACAUAGGGGACAGCAUGGGUGAAGUACAAGACUUGCUUGUGAGGCUCCUCUCAGCUGCUGUAUGUGAUCCAGGUCUAAUUACAGGAUACAAGGCCAAAACAGCUCUUGGAGAACAUUUGAUGAAUGUAGGUGUGAAUCGAGACAAUGUAUCCGAGAUUUUGCAAAUUUUUAUGGAAGCACACUGUGGACAAACUGAGCUUACUGAAAGCCUGAAGACCAAAGCUUUUCAGGCUCACACUCCGGCACAGAAAGCCUCAGUUCUGGCUUUCCUGAUCAAUGAACUGGCGUGCAGCAAGAGUGUGGUGAGUGAAAUCGACAAGAACAUUGAUUACAUGUCAAAUUUGAGGAGAGAUAAAUGGGUGGUAGAAGGUAAACUCCGCAAGCUCAGAAUCAUUCAUGCUAAGAAAACAGGCAAAAGAGACCCUUCAGGUGGCAUUGAUCUUGGAGAAGAACAGCAUCCGUUGGGCACACCCACGCCAGGACGCAAACGCAGAAGGAAGGGAGGAGAUAGUGAUGACGAUGAUGAUGAUGACGAGGACAGUGAUGACCAAGCUGAUGAAGAUGAUGAGGAUGAAGAGGAUAAAGAAGACAAAAAAGGAAAGAAGGCUGAGAUCUGUGAAGAUGAGGAUGAAGGUGACCAAGCAGCAAGUGUUGAAGAGCUAGAAAAACAGAUUGAAAAACUGAGUAAACAACAGAGUCAGUACAGAAGGAAGCUCUUUGACGCUUCUCACUCUUUACGUUCGAUGAUGUUUGGCCAGGAUCGUUACAGACGCCGGUACUGGAUUCUUCCCCAAUGUGGGGGGAUUUUUGUAGAAGGCAUGGAGAGUGGUGAAGGACUAGAAGAAAUUGCAAAAGAAAGAGAAAAACUAAAAAAGGCAGAAAGUAUCCAGAUCAAAGAAGAAAUAUUUGAGACUUCUGAGGACACUUUAAAUUGUUCAAAUCCAAAUCACUGUGAGCAAAAGGAAGAUACUAAAGAAAAAGAUAACACAAAUCUGUUUCUUCAGAAACCUGGUUCAUUUUCAAAAUUAAGCAAGCUUUUAGAAGUAGCUAAGAUGCCUCCUGAGUCAGAUGUAAUAACCCCCAAACCAAACAGUAGUGCAAAUGGGUGCACAUUGUCUUAUCAAAACAGUGGAAAACAUUCAUUGGGCAGCAUUCAAUCAACAGCAACACAAAGCAGCGUGGAAAAGACAGACUCUAAUAAUCUGUUCAAUACCAGUUCAGGUGGUCCAGGGAAGUUCUAUAGUCCUCUCCCCAAUGACCAGUUGUUAAAAACACUGACUGAAAAGAAUAGACAGUGGUUUAGCCUUUUGCCAAGGACACCUUGUGAUGACACAUCACUUACCCAUGCAGGUAUGUCAACUGCUUCUUUAGUGGCCCCUCAGUCUCAGCCACCAUCUAAGUCACCUUCGCCUGCCCCAGCUCCUCUUCCUGGAUCAUCUUCUGCUCAGAAUCCUGUUGGCCUAAAUCCGUUUGCUUUAUCACCUCUUCAGAUGAAAAGUGGAGUAUCUAUGAUGGGACUCCAGUUUUGUGGGUGGCCCACCGGUGUGCUUACUUCCAGCAAUCCAUUUACAUCACCUUUACCUAGUCUUGGAUCAGGGUUGGGAUUACCAGAAGGAAAUAGUAAUUCAUUCUUGACUCCUAAUGUUGCUUCAAGUAAAAGUGAAUCUCCAGUACCACAGAAUGAAAAAGUCUCUUCAACUCAACCUGUAGCUGUUGAAGUAGCAAAACCAGUAGAUUUUCCUAAUCCAAAACCUAUUCCAGAAGAAAUGCAGUUUGGUUGGUGGAGAAUUAUUGACCCAGAGGACCUAAAAGCUUUGCUCAAAGUGCUCCACCUCAGAGGAAUAAGAGAAAAGGCGUUACAAAAACAAAUUCAGAAACACUUGGAUUAUAUUACUCAAGCUUGCAUCAAAAAUAAGGAUGUUGCUAUUAUUGAAUUAAAUGAACAUGAAGAAAACCAGGUAACUCGAGAUAUUGUGGAGAACUGGUCAGUAGAAGAACAAGCAAUGGAAAUGGAUUUGAGUAUUCUUCAACAGGUAGAAGAUCUAGAAAGGAGAGUUGCAUCAGCAAGUUUGCAAGUGAAGGGUUGGAUGUGUCCAGAGCCUGCAUCAGAAAGGGAGGACUUGGUAUAUUUUGAACAUAAGUCAUUUUCUAAAUUGUGCAAGGAGCAUGAUGGAGAAUUUACUGGCGAAGAAGAAAGCAGUGCACAUGCACUGGAACGGAAGAGUGACAACCCCCUAGAUAUAGCUGUAACCAGGCUGGCUGAUUUGGAGCGGAACAUUGAAAGAAGGUAUCUGAAGAGCCCCUUAAGUACCACCAUUCAGAUCAAACUGGAUAAUGUGGGCACAGUUACUGUCCCUGCUCCUGCACCAUCCAUUAGUGGUGAUGGUGACGGAAUUGAAGAGGAUAUUGCUCCAGGGCUCAGGGUAUGGAGAAGGGCAUUAUCAGAAGCUCGCAGUGCUGCACAGGUAGCUCUGUGCAUUCAGCAGUUACAGAAAUCAGUAGCAUGGGAAAAAUCAAUUAUGAAAGUUUACUGCCAGAUCUGUCGAAAGGGAGAUAAUGAAGAACUGCUCCUCCUUUGCGAUGGCUGUGACAAAGGCUGUCAUACAUACUGCCAUAGACCCAAGAUUACAACUAUACCAGAUGGGGACUGGUUUUGUCCAGCUUGCAUUGCUAAGGCAAGUGGUCAAACUCUAAAAAUCAAAAAACUUCAUGUCAAAGGAAAAAAGACUGAGUCAAAAAAAGGCAAGAAAGUAACUUUAACAGGGGAUACUGAGGAUGAAGACUCUGCAUCUACAAGUAGUUCAUUAAAAAGAGGAAUCAAAGACCUGAAAAAAAGAAAAAUGGAGGAAAAUACUUCUAUUAGUUUGUCAAAACAAGAAAGUUUUACUUCUGUUAAGAAACCUAAAAGAGAUGACUCCAAGGACCUAGCUCUUUGCAGUAUGAUCCUUACUGAAAUGGAAACUCAUGAGGAUGCAUGGCCUUUUCUACUUCCUGUAAACUUGAAACUUGUUCCUGGUUAUAAGAAAGUUAUUAAGAAGCCUAUGGAUUUUUCCACAAUUAGAGAGAAAUUAAGUAGUGGACAGUAUCCAAACCUUGAAACUUUUGCUCUAGAUGUCAGGCUUGUUUUUGACAACUGUGAAACAUUUAAUGAAGAUGAUUCUGAUAUAGGCAGAGCUGGCCACAGUAUGAGGAAGUAUUUUGAAAAAAAGUGGACAGAUACUUUCAAAGUGAGCUGAAGUUUUAAUAAUCUCUCUUGUUUUUUUCCUUUUAAACAAGGACAAACGAACCAGCAAUGUGAACUGUAUUUACAUACAUGUGCAAGGCACAUACAUAAUGACUUUUUUUCCUUAAAAUAAAUAUCACACAAAAAAAAAGUAUCAGAAGAAUGAUACCGUUUUUAAAGGCUUCACUCCUACAACAACCAAGGCCCUUGGUUAUUGGUUUGUGUGAUUUAUCAGCUAAUUUAGGUAGAACAGGGAAGCACACCCAAAGAAUUUUCAAAGGAAAGGGUGUUAUAGUGCAAUAGCAAUUAAAAUGUAUCAAAUCGCACUGAAUAUUCAACACCAGAGCUCUAACGUGGGAAAUGGUUCUCCUUUCCCUCUCAAUAAAUAUCUAUUUUUCAUUUUUUUACUUUGUAGUUUAUUUUUUAGUGAAUGUAUUUAAUUUUAUGAAUUAUUUAUGAUUAAACCACAUCCAGAAUCUUCGUUUUCUGUGAAAAGGAAGAACUAGAAAAACUGCUUUAAAUCUUGAAAAUACAACAAGGAAUGUUUUAAAAUAUAAAACAAAGCCAAGUUAAACUGUUUACACUGAUGUGCUAUAAAAGCACCAAAAAUAAACUUUACUGUAGAGUUACAAGUACAUUUAUAUAUAUAUAUACAUAUAUAUAUAUAUAUGUUGCUGCAUCACUUGUGUAGUUAAAUUGUAUUUCAAGACAGUGAAGAAAAAUUGACAUGUAUAUACUGUUCAUUAUUGUUUAUAUUAAGUCUUGUUUUAAAUAUGUAUUAUGUGUAUAUAUUGUUUGCAGACAUUAUUGUUUAUGCCUUAGAAGGAUUGUAGCAUUUUAUUUUAGUCUGAAGGUAAUUAUAGCUAUACAGCUUGUACAGUAAUUAUCCUCUACCAACACUGUGGCAUCUCCUUGAUCUUGGUAGUGCCUGCCUUUGAAACAGGGUGUAGGGGAUAUUAGUUUUCCAUUUUUUCUAUUUUGUUAUAUAAUUUUAAGCCACCAGGGCCUAAAUUAAAGUAUAAUCAUUUGUAUCCAUGUGGAAUAAAAUUGUGACAAUUUCCUACGCACACAGUAUUUUUUCAUAGAAACAUUUCCCUCCCAUUUGCCUUGCCUCAGAAAUAAAUUUAAAAGACAUUUGUAACCACUGUGUUUUAUCUACUGUGUGUUGUGGUGGCCUGUUGGAGGCAAGUAGAUCAGAAUUUUUUUGUACCUAUGUAAGAGUACUUGAAGUUUUAUUUAAAAUAAAAUGUUGUGGAAAAGGUAGCAUUCUUUUUUUUAGGAGUGUUAUUUUUCACUACUAUGUGUGGCACGGAUACAAUAAAAGACUUUUACAAACUAGCUUUUUAGUUUUUCUUAAUGAACCUGGAAUUUUUUUUUUUUUUCUCAAAAGAAGCUAGCUAAUUUAAAUUUGCUUUUUACAGAAUCAUAAAGGAGGAGCAGCAGAGUGUGGUUCAAAGAGCAUUGGGCUGGGUGGAGGAAGGUGGUCUUAAGUCAAGUGAUGUGACUUUCAUGAGUCUCUGAACCUCUCUGGACCACUUUUUAUUGUUUAUUUCACAUUUCUAAUAUGAAAAUAUCAGAAUAUUUUUUAAGGUCUUGUUCUAAUAGGUGAAAUGUCUCUAUUGUAGACAUACAACCCAGUUGUCAUUAAGAAAAAUUUAUUAUAUAAAUUUGUCUAAUAAGUCAUGAGAUACAAGUUCAAGCAUUCAUGAACUAUGAUUUGAUGCCUUGCUGGGGUCUGAGGAAUCAUUGAAUGAACAAGACAGGCACAGGCCCUACCUUCAUGGAGCUUACAGUCUAGUGCAGACGUGAUCCUUAGCUAAUGUCCUUAGUAAAGGGCUUUUCAUAAGUAGUGAAGGGAGAAUAGAAAAGUUUUGAAGAAAUAUUAAACUUUAGAAUGCUUCAUAACCUCAGAGUAUUUUCCAAAAUUCCUAGAGUGUUUGUGAAGGCUUAUAUGAAAAUCAGCUGUUAUUAUGUACAUAUGUCGGUUUCUGUUAACCAAAUAUUACAGUGAUGCCUUAAGGAGCUGGUGCUCAAUCAAAAAUACCAUGUGGAACAGAGAACAAGGUGGUGCUGUGAAUCAAGUGUGUGGUUUUUGUGUUUAUAGAACUGGCUGCCAGAGACUCCAUGGAGAGUCGUCUUCAUGGGGGUGUUUUGCCUUAGGGAGCAUAUGUGGUUACAUUACUUUAUAUUAGAUGGCAUAUAAGAGCUUGAUAUUAACAUGUCUGAUGUCCGAGGGGCGAAUGAGAAAUAAAAUACUUAAACACACACGAAGAACAGUUUUUCAAGAGUGAUUAAUUUUCUUUUAAAAAUAAAUUAAAUAUCCCUGAAAAAAAGAAAGGUGACUAUUGGCUACUUUGGACUGCUGUCUCUAUUGUUGCUACUCAGCAGGAGUAGCUGUUCAAGAAGUACUGGCCAUGAUCCCCAAAGGGCCACAAUUAGUCUCCAGAACAAUUGUUACAAUACACAUGUGGAUCGUUUGUUAUGUGAAUGACUCUUGCAUUCACGGCGCCAUAGGUUGGGCCUAUCUUCAAUAAAACCAGUAUUAUUAUUCUCCUCAAAUAUAAAAACAUUUUCCUAACCCUCUGCUAUCAUACAAUUACAAGUAUGCACAACAUACUUUUUCUAAGAUAAAUUAGGCUUUAACCUGAACCUUCUCCAUUUUAGUCCUGUUUGCUCUGUGAAUUGUAAAAAAUUGGCCUGACCUCAAGUAUAGAUUUUGAUUUAUCCUAAGGAUAAACCAAUCAAUCCACUACUACCGACCCCCAAAAAUAGUCAUCAGUUUGAAACAACAUCUAGAGAGUAAAUUAAUAUAUUUAUUUAGUUGUUAACUGUGGUUAAAAUUAAACAAAUGAAAAUUUAUCUGUGGGUAUACCUUGAACUCAAAAGAACUAAAUUACCAUAAAUGCAAGGUAAUCUCUUUUUCUUAUUUCAACCCCAAAAUGAAAUUUGUUAAAAGCACUAGUUUUAAUCAAAAUCAUGAGGGAGCUGAUCUGUCUUUGGUACCUUAAUGCACCCCCUCUGUGCUCCUUCUCUUUUCUAUCCCCUCUACCCCCAUACCCUUUCAAGAAAUUUAAAAUCCUGUUCAUUUAGGCUCCUAUGAAACACAUCCUUAACAAGGAGAUCUGAUAUCAAUGAUUUACUCCUUUUUAUAAAUUGUAUUUGUGGGCUACCUCUCUCAAGAUUAUUUGCAUUUGAGAAACAAAAGAAGUUUGUGUUCUGUUAAAAGAAUUUCAUUCCAACAAGGAGAUAAGAGAGGUAUUCUAAGACAAUUGAAAUUUUCCUUCCACAGGAAUAUGACUCAUAAAAAAUACAACACAGAGAAACUAGUAGAACCUUAUCUACUAGGAAUUUUGCCUCAGUUAGAUCUCUUAGGAGGCCUGCUUGGACCACAUUACAACUCUGCCUUAAAAAAAGAAUUUUUUUUUUAAACCUCAACUACACAGAAUUAAGAUAAUUCCUCUCCUCAAUUCAUAACACACUCUUCACAUUGUUCUUGCAAAGCCCCUCUUUUCUUUCAUUUUCUUACUUCUUCCUUCAGCUCCUCUUCAAUUCCCUUUCCUCCCCCAUACAACCACAUAUGUCUUUCCAGUCAACCUUUUAUAUAUGUAUUUAGCAACACAUACAUCUUUAAAAAUAUAUAGUGUGGGGAAAAAGUAUAUAUAUAUACAGUGUUUUUCAAACUUGUAUCAGUUGCAUUAUGCUAUACAUGUCAUUCUAUUUUUCUAUUUUUGUUUCUUUUGAGUUGAAAAAGGAAUACUUAAAUCUGGUUCAUUACUUUUGAUUGCUACAAGGUAUUCCAUCACAGGCGUAUACCACAUUUCACUUUCAAACUUCUCUCAGAAUGAAAACCUAAGUUGCCUGCAACUCCUUGUCACUGCAAAUAAUACUGCGGUGAAUGUUGUCAUACAUGUCUUCUAUGGACCUGCGUGUGCAAGCCUGUUUCCUAGAUGCUCCCACAUGAUUCAUGCCCCUGUGUAAUCCCUUCCCACAUUGUAUCGGGUUUCGCCUGUGUGACCAACAUAAUGUGGCAGUGAUGUGUGAAUUCCCAGACUAGGUAAUAAAUACAUUGCUAUUUCCACCUUGUUCUCUUGGAUCACUUGCUCCUAGUAAAGCCAACAGUGUUGUUGAGGACACUGUAGCAGCCCCAUGGGACAGCCAACAGCUAGCACCAACGUGCAUGUCAUGUGACAGCAGCAUCUUAGAAGUGGAUCCUUCAGCUGAAGUUAAACAGAUGACAGGAGCCCCGGCCAACAUCUGGACUGCAACUUUACAAGAGACACGCCUGAAUUCUUGACCCAUAGAAACUGUGGAAUAAUAAAUGUUUAUCGCUGUUUUAA